AUGCCAAGUCCGUCGAAUUCCGUGAUCCUUAUUGAUGACUCCAGCGACGAUGACAGCGUCGAAGUCAUCGGCAGUCAGCGGCAGAAUCGACUGUGUGUACAUUCAUCCAACGAGUCAGACGGAAGCGAUGCUCUCGGCUGUCAAAGCGAAGAGUCUCACGUGCCAGUCGUGGCGACAUCUGGUGCCUCUCGCGAUGCUAGUGGCAGUCGCGAUAGUCAGUUGAAGGAAGAUAAAGUACAGGACAUUGACGAGAAAGGAGAAGGACUUGUGGAAGGAGACAGUCAGCAUUUUGACGGUGGUGGUGCUGGCGACAAGAUACCGCACCACUUGAGGGCUAUAGACAGUGGCGAGUGCGUGGCAAUGGAUAUGACGUCUUCUGGGGAAGUUGCGGCGCAGCAGUGUGAACGGGAAAGACAACAGGGUAAUCAAGCGCACCGCGCGUGUCAGCCGAUAUCUCCCAACUAUGUGCGCCUGACGGCUGCGGGAUCGAAGCGGAAGGCGAGCGACGACGUGCCAGUGUCGCUCGGUUCUAAAGACAGGAACUUGGACACGAAGAUAGCAACGUCGCAAUCGCCGUUUGACUUUGAUUGUAUCACGAUAAGUGACGAUUCGUCGUCGCUGUCGUCAAGUGAAGAGACGAGUGAUGCAACGGCAUUAGGUGGCCGGGCGAAGUCAAUGUGUCUCAAGGAUGUGGUCGCGCAAGAGCGUGAGCUAGCGCGACUGCGUACAGAAAAUGCGGCGAGAAAAGAUCGAGCGGCAUUUUCCCAUGUGAAAAAGAAAGCGAAGCUUCAGGCGCCAGCAUCAAAGUCGUCGACUCUCUCAUUUGGCGAGCAGCAAAACGACGGCGUCAAAUCGUCUAAAUUCGAGCAAGGUGAUGGAAAAGGAAACGCGCUAUCUCAAUCUGAAGCGUUGGCAUCGUUGGCGAUAGACUUAUCGUCAGAGCAUGACAAAGCGGAAGUCAUCGACGAAACGUACACGAUGAGCAAGCGCAACAAGUCGAGUGUGCGGCAUGACUCUGGCCGUUGUAUCGAUACCGGCAAAAGUAGUAAGCCGAAAACGACUGCAAAACCAAAGCAUGCUGCCAAGUCCGAGAGCAAAAAGGGAAAAAAUAAAACGCAGCAUUUAUCGGCAAAACCAGGAGUGCAACCGUCAGCGACUGCACGAGCUGGUCGUUCUUUGGACAAAUUGGCGCAUCAUAGGACUACCCGGAAUACGGUGAUACAUAGUACAGCAUGGCGAAACGUGUGUUUUGACUCUGCACCGACAAAUUUGCUGCCGCUCGACUCAGCCGUCGCGGCUCCUUUUUACUCAAAGUUCGACCGUCCGUUGUUGACCUAUGAUGUGGACGGAGACUUAAACAGCAAGUGCAAAUUUGUACCACAGUUUGGCAAAUCCUCACGAGUCGACACACUUGCGCGAAUUUCUUGCGAGCCCGAACAAGUUAUUUCCCAAGAAGAAAUGGACACUCGCGUAUCCAAUCUCACCCUGCGUGAACAGCCCAGGCUGAGAGCGUGUCAGAAACGAAAAACGUCGGCGAUCGUUGCCGAAGCACGAGCAAAGGUCGAAACGUACCUUGCUGCGCGCGCAAUGCUUGACGUGCAGAGCAAGCCCAACCAGAACCGCAAGCGUCUGGUCGAAGGAGCUGUAGUAGACAAGCUACUUUUGAACCAGAUGAAACAGGAGAAAUCGACGCAGGUGUUGUCGAUGAAAUAUUCCCAUGUGUGGGGUGAGAUGAGCAGUGUCAGAGAGAAAUUGCUUCCAGGGGACGUGCACCAGCUCCCUAAAAUCCAGCCACUGAGUAGAUGCACUGCUUACAUCGGCUUGAAAGCAAACAUUCGUGUGGAAGACGAUCCAAUAUUGCGCCACAAGCCCUAUUUUGGAGACAAUGAUGAUGGGGAGGAUAUUGAUGAAGCUUGGUACGAUGCGAUUGAGCCGGAAUGCUCGAGUUCGGUGACCGGUCUCGAUGGCGAGAUGAAUGAACUGAUAUUGCGCCUCAUUGUACGUGAGUGCGGGACCACCGAAAGCGUGUUUUUCGCGCUGAAAAGCGUGCUCGGAUUUGCCCAAGCGUACUUGGAUUACAGUGAGAUGAAGAAGCUGGAUGAUGGGAUUGGUCUCGCUGCACGGCGGGUCGAGGAGGCGAGAGAGCUGAUACGACGCAAGCCGAAAGAGUUCCCGCUGGCGAGGGUGGUAGCCUUGGAGACAUCGUUACGCACUGACGAUCGUUGUCACAAGUCCCUGGCAGAGCGCUUAGCCCCACCGCCUACUUACUUCGACUCGAAUCUGGCAAGAAACCAUUCCGUUCGUGGCUAUGGUUUAGGCUUGCGAGCAGCGGCCGAUUCCAGGGAAUUACUCGUUACGUAUCGCGACAUGUUCUGCCGCAUGUGCUACGAUUAUCAUUGUCUCGAGCAUGGUAUCGAGCACCCGCUACCCUCUCACCGUGUUGACCCAGUCAACCCCCCGAUUUACCUGUCACCUGUCGCAUUAGCGGCGGCGGCAAAGAAGCGUGAUGACGAUGGCAAACUAGGAGACAGGAGCUCAGAAAGCUGUACGUCGACUCUGAUCUCACCGGCGAACGCAAACACUCAGGAAAUUGGUGACUGCGUUGUGGUAAACAGUUUUCAAAUCGAGAAUAAACACAGCGAAGAUGCGCAGGUUGAUGAAUGUGUUAUCAUAGACGACGGUCUUAACGAAACGAUAGACGUGAACGGUGCAAAUGAGGAGGGGAAAAGUGCCAAAGCGACGCAUCGAACUCGUCGUUCCGUUCGUGCUUUAACGAGAUGUUGCACUUUAGCAAGCCAAAGCUUAAACAAGCAAGGUACAUUACCGCCUGCACGCAAACAACCUCGACCUCAUCGCGUGCAAUUGUGUCCGCGAAGGGCAGAUGAGUCCGAGUACCUGGACGAUUCUUACCACGCGCACGCAACUGCCAUCUUUGAGAAGUCGUUGAUGGAUGACGAGAGGUGUAUGAAUGAAUGCUGGAAAGCUGGGCGUCACACUAUUUCUGCGGACCCUAGUUUUGCGCUCAACGAGCGGAAGUGUGAUCCAAACUUACUCAGCGAUACCGAGCUGACCCUUCUCCGAAAGCUUCGAGCCAUUCUUGGCGACAAUCCGUGCAUCAUUUCUUCCAUUAUCAAGUCGACAACAUGCAAAGAGGUCGGAAUGGUUUUGGAAUCCGAGCGUCCAUCUAGCCCAGCUCAUGGAAGUGCAAUGAACGACGUGCCGCUGUCGUCCGAUGCCGAAUUGAUUCCCAACGGGCGUAAGCGUGGUCGGGCGCGGGAUUCGCGUAGCCGAAGCAAUCCAAUUUCGCUGGAGAGGACUCGAAACAAUUGCUUAAAGGGCGAGUGGGUGAACCACGAAUACGAGCCGUGCAACCACGAAGGGGCAUGUGAUGCGACACGUUGCUCCUGUAUGGCACGUGAUCAUACGUGCGACAAGGCGUGCUCGUGCUCACGCGACUGCCCAAAUCGGUUUCCAGGGUGCAAGUGUAGCCGAGGCAACUGCCGAACCAAGGCCUGUCCAUGUUUCAUUGGUGCUCGCGAGUGCAAUCCCGAUUUGUGCAUAACUUGUGGCGCGAGUGAAGUCCCCGCGUUGGUUUUCGACAAAGACCGCAUGAAGAUGUCUGCACUGGACUUAGGUAUUUGUUGUAACGUGAAUAUUUUGCGUGGCCUGCACAAGAAAAUCGGCGUUGCAUACUCUGCCACUCAUGGUUGGGGAGCCUUUGCUUUGGAGCCGAUCAAGCGUGGUGAGUUUAUUUACGAAUACUACGGAGCGCUCCUUUCUCAGGAUGAAGCAGAACGGCGCGGCAGCAUUUAUGACAAGAUGACCAUCAGCUUUUUGUUCGAUGUUGAUGAUGACUCAGUUGUCGAUGCGAUUCGCAAAGGCAACAAAAGUAGGUUUGCGAACCACUCGACAAGUGGCAAAAAUUGCGAGGGCAAAGUUCUAACUGUGGGUAGCGAGCAUCGAAUUUCAAUAUGGGCCCAGCAAGAUAUCGCAAAGGGCGAAGAGCUGUUUUUCGACUACGGUUACCACGGAGAAACGGCACCGGAUUGGAGCCAACUUCGUAUAAAGGGGUCGAUGUGCUAG